AUGGGUCGUAUCUAUGGCAUGGCCCUUCUAACCAUCGUCGCUGCAUCUGGAGAUAACUCCAACGCAGGGCUUCGAGGUGUCAAUACAACCGAUCCGGACACCUCUGACACAAAGUCGAGUCAUCCGCGAGAUCUAAACCAGCCAUCCGUCAAGGACAUACCGAAAUUAGCUUGGUCAUCUCGGGGCUGGACCUUCCAAGAGAAGGCUCUCUCGCGCCGGCUGCUGAUAUUCUGCGGUGAAGAAGUAACGUGGCACUGCAGGGAAAUGAUCUCCCGGGAGGACAUGGUGAAUGAUGAUGCUAAGAAUCGAAGCAUGCCUUUAGAAUGGCUCCGGCUGAACCCUCAGCACUUCCAACUCUUCCAGGGGCCAGAUCCGUUUUGGAUGGAUGGGAGCACUGUUCGAGACAAGAAUGCGAAGACCCAUCUUGUGCGAUCCAGCGCGAUGGGUGAGUAUGCGAGAGUAGUGGAGGAAUACUCGAGUCGCCAAUUAACUGACAAAGGAGAUGUCAUUUUCGCCUUGCAGGGGCUACUGAACAUCCUCUCCGGAGCCCUGCUGACAGAGUUCCGGUAUGGGCUUCCGGAGAACCUAUCGGUGUUUCAGUGCUAUGGGCGCCCAGGGGAAUCCUGA